CUCUCAGAGCGCGUCCAUCGCGCGCAUUCGUUACCCAUGCUCCGGGUCCUUCUCCUCUCCCUCCUUCUCCUUAUUCUCGAUCUUGCCUAUGCUGCCGACCUUUACAAAAUAUUAGACGUCCACAAAUCAGCGUCGGACAAGGACAUUCGUCAUGCCUACAAGAAACUCAGUCGCAAAUUCCACCCCGACAAGAAUAAGGACCCCGGAGCAGAGGACCGUUUUGUCGAAAUAGCUCACGCGUAUGAGGUUUUGUCUGACCCAAAAAAACGCGAAAUUUAUGACCGGCAUGGAGAGGAGGGGCUCAAGGCACACGAAAGUGGCCAGCACCACGCAAAUCCUUUCGACAUGUUCUCUAAUUUCUUCGGUGGCGGCCACCACCAACAACAAGCGCGACGUGGUCCUAGUUCUGUUACCGAGUUCGAAGUCGAGCUUUCUGACAUCUAUAAGGGUGCAAACAUUGACUUCAUGAUCAAGAAACAUAUUCUUUGUGACCACUGUCGAGGAUCUGGCGCUGCGUCAGAUGGAGAUAUCCAUACCUGCUCAGGCUGUGGAGGCUCUGGAGUAAGGUUGGUCAAGCAACAAAUCUUCCCUGGGAUGUUCGCUCAGAGCCAAACAACCUGCAAUGAUUGUGGUGGACGAGGGAAGGUUAUUGGCAAGAAAUGUCCGCAUUGCAAUGGUGAGAAGGUCGUCGAUUAUUCCGGUCACUACACGCUCGAUAUUCUACCUGGCAUGCCUGAAGGCCACGAAGUCGUAUUUGAAGGCGAAAGCGAUGAAAGUCCCGAUUGGGAGCCCGGAGAUGUUGUUUUACGAGUUCGCAGCCGUAAGAACAAGGGUGGAUGGCGAAGAAAGGAGAGCAGUCUCUACUGGCGAGAAACUAUUGGUGUUGACGAGGCACUUUUGGGAUUCGAUCGCAAUUUGACGCACCUCGAUGGACAUGUUGUUCGACUACAACGUAAAGGUGUUACUCAACCAGGUUUUGUGCAAACCAUAGAGGGGGAGGGAAUGCCUCAUUUCGAAAAACCAACGUUUGGAGACCUCUACGUCGAAUAUAAUGUGGUCCUACCGACAGAAAUAUCGCCGCCGAUUCGUCGCAAACUGGCGGAAGCUUUCCACCCGUCUGACUCGAGGCAUGACGAGUUAUAA